AUGUCUGCUCCAAACCCAAAGGCUUUCCCAUUAGCUGACUCCGCUUUAACUCAGCAAAUCUUGGAUGUUGUUCAACAAUCUCAAAACUUGAGACAAUUGAAGAAAGGUGCCAAUGAAGCUACCAAGACCUUGAACAGAGGUAUCUCUGAAUUCAUCAUCAUGGCUGCUGACACUGAACCAAUUGAAAUUUUGUUACAUCUCCCAUUAUUGUGUGAAGAUAAGAACGUUCCAUACGUCUUCGUCCCAUCCAAGACUGCUUUAGGUAGAGCUUGUGGUGUUUCCAGACCAGUUAUUGCUGCCUCUGUCACCUCUAACGAUGCCUCUGCUAUCAAGAACCAAAUUUACGGUAUCAAGGACAAGAUCGAGACUUUGUUGAUCUAA